AUGCAUCAAUAUGACUCAUAUAAUCGUAGCAGUUUGGUAGACACCGCCACGAGUGUGUGGAACCAGUAUUACCCAGAAGACCAUAAUAUAGGCAUUCGGCAGCCCGGUGAGACUCGCUCCAUGCAAUAUUAUAAUCCAAUCAGUGACACCGACGGCCGCUUUCAAGCUGCCAUGACUUUUCUCAAUUGUUUCCGACAUGGCCAGCAAUGGGCGCCAUUACUUCAAUGUGAUCUGACGCAAACAAAUGUGACGGUGGUGUGGCUGCACUACUCGGAGCUCAUUCGGACCGGCACGGAGGACUUUGAGCGAGCUGUGACGGAGAAUAUCGAAGACGUAUUGCUUUGUUUAGGCAUCGCCUUGUGUAUGCGGCGACAUGAACUUCGAGUGGAAGAAGAAGAAGACAUCACACGGAAACGAAGUGUGCCCGUAGAUCGCACCAAGAUCACCGUUCGACUCCAUGGAGUGACGCCCGUGCUGCCUAUUGCAGCAUUAAAAGCUGAUGUCGUGAACCAGUUUGUCAGUGUUGUCGGUACAGUCGUGAGAGUGAGUGCUAUCAAGCCGCUAGUCACGAGGUGUGACUUUGUGUGUGCCAAGUGCAAUGAAGCUACGUCCAGAGCAUUUCCAGACGGAAAGUUUACUCCACCACAAUCGUGUGAGAAUGCAACUUGCCGAGGGAGAACGCUGCUACCGAAUCGAUCGUCGGUAAAUACGGUGGAUUACCAGAAAAUCAAGCUCCAGGAAAUGGAAACUACAGAUGUUGGUCCUGGCCGCAUGCCACGAAUGAUUGAGGUGGAAUUGUACGAAGACCUUGUGGAUUCCUGCAUUCCUGGUAACGUAGUGACAAUCUCAGGUAUUGUUAAGAGCAUCAACUCGGAAAUUCAUGAAGGUAGAUACGGCAAGCGUGCGCAGGCAAACAGUCUUUAUAUUUUGUACAUCAGCGCUAACUCAGUUGAAAACUCAGCCAAGGUGGACAAGGACAAAGAUAAAGCUUCGGACAUUAAUUUUACCAAGAAAGAUCUGGAGCAGAUCAGCAACAUCAUCAACCAGGGCAAUGUGUUCGACCAUCUUGUUCAUUCCUUGUGUCCAGGCAUUUACCGCAAUGACAUUGUAAAAGCUGGUCUGGUUUUAGCUCUGCUGGGCGGAACCCGGAACUCGGACGAUAAGGACACUACAUGUUUGCGCAGAGCGGAUUCACAUGUGCUUGUUGUUGGAGAUCCAGGACUGGGUAAAAGUCAAUUGCUUCGGGCUGUGUCCAUGGUUGCACCACGAGCUGUGUACGUUGGUGGAAACACGACCACGACGACGGGGUUGACUGUUACAAUGGUGAAAGAUGGAUCUGGCGAUUACGCGCUGGAAGCCGGUGCACUCGUUCUUGCAGACCAGGGUGUAUGCUGUAUUGAUGAGUUCGAUAAAAUGGGAAUUGACUACCAGGCAUUGCUAGAAGCGAUGGAGCAACAAAGCAUCAGCAUUGCAAAAGCAGGUAUUGUGUGCAAUCUGAAUGCACGGACAUCGGUCGUCGCUGCUGCUAACCCUAGCGGUGGUCACUACGACCGUAGUCGCUCAACGAAGAGAGAUCGACUGUUGUCAGAGUACGUGAUGAACUCGCAUGCGCGCGGCAAGCGAAGACCAAGGAAACGUAUGCGAGACAACAAUGCAUCAAUGCCUUUUCAAACCUCCAGCCGCUACGUUGACGAACCAGCAGUAAGCGGCUACGAAGAGGCUGCAACGUCUGGUCGUCGAAUGCUGUCGCAUCGUCUCCGUCAGAACGCAUCCGAGUUCAGUGCAAACGCCAUUCCUCUCUACUUUGUGCGGAAGUUCAUCGCUUAUGCUCGCCGGUACGUGCAUCCACGUCUGUCAUCCCAAGCUGCUGCCGUGCUCCAAAAGAAGUACUUGGAGCUGCGUUCAGCGGGUGAGGGUCGGCAGAACCCGAUGGAUGGUAUACCCAUUACAACACGACAGCUCGAGUCGCUGAUCCGCCUCUCACAAGCACGCGCCCGAGCUGAACUCGCCGAAACUGUGUCUGCCGAGCACGCUCAAGACGUUGUUGACAUCAUGCAAGAGUGUUUGCUGGACACGUACGUCACUGAAGACGGCAACCUUGACUUUGGCCGCAGUGGAGGCAUGAGUCUGGCCAAAAAGGUCAAGGCGUACGUCGCUCGACUUAUGAAAGCUGCAGCUAGACGCAACACUUCUCUAUUUUCCAUGACCGAUCUGCUUGAAGUCGCCGAUAGUAUGGGACUUCAGGUGGACGACUUUCGAGAUUUCGUGGAAAUUCUACGCAAUGAAUGCUACUUGCUGAAGAGAGGUCCUGGACAGUUUAAAGUGCAAGUAUCAUCGUACAACAUGAUAAGUCCAAUGACAAAGUUUAAACUACGACGUGCAACUCUACUUGAUGUUAAGCUUCUCACGACGAGCCUUUAUCUGCUGGUCCACGAUUUCCUGUGGUCUCUCGGAAGAAAAGAGGUCGUGACCAGCCUUUUGUUCUAUGGAGACAAACGAGAAUAA